ACUCGGGGCGACGGCUUAAGGUGCCAGCGGAUUCCGCCUGUGGUCAAGGCCCCAUGAGCGAGGCGCCCCUGGUGGGCUACAGCAGCAGCGGUUCGGAGGAUGAAGCGGAGGCCGCCGCUGUGGGGCGGAGCAAACCCGGGUCGGGGGGCCGCCGUUGUGGCCAGAACCCCCUUCCCACUCAGAGGUUCCCGGUACCUGACAGUGUGCUGAGCAUGUUCUCUGGCGUGGAGGAGGGGCCCGAGGAUGACAGUACAAAACACGGGGGGCGCAUUCGCUCCUUUCCCCAUGAGCGGGGCAACUGGGCCACCCACAUCUACAUACCAUACGAAGCGAAGGAAGAGUUCCUGGAGCUGCUUGACAUGCUGCUGCACCGAGCUCAGACGUUCGUGCCCCGACUGGUGCAGAUGGAGGAGUUCCACCUCAGCCUGUCUCAGAGCGUGGUUCUCCGUCACCACUGGAUCCUUCCCUUCGUGCAGGUGCUCAAAGAUCACAUGGCCUCUUUCCAAAGGUUCUUCUUUACUGUCAACCAGGUAAAGAUUUAUACCAACCAAGAGAAAACCAGGACUUUCAUCGGACUCGAGGUCAGCUCAGGGCAUGCCCAGUUCCUGGACCUGGUUUCAGAGGUAGACAGAGUCAUGGAGGAAUUUGACCUCACCACCUUCUACCAGGACCCUUCAUUUCAUGUCAGUCUGGCCUGGUGUGUGGGUGACGCACGGCUCCAGCUGGAGGGACAGUGCCUGCGGGAACUACAGGCUGAAGGAAAUCGUGGAUGAGUUUGAAGACUCUGAGAUGCUGCUGCGUGUGCUGGCUGAGCAGGUCCGCUGCAAGUCCGGGAACAAAUUCUUCUCGAUGCCUUUGAAGUGAACUUUGCCCCAUGCCUCUCUCUAGGCCAACUGAGAUGGAGGAGCUUGCUGCCAUCUCUGGUGUACCCCCAGCAAAAAGCCCAAAUCACACACUUAGCGCUGUUGUAGUGGGUUCCUCUCUCCUGGUCCUUUAGGGUGGUAGGUGGGUAGGUUGCUGCUGUGGUGUGGUCAUUUCCAGAAAUCACCAGUAGAGGGCAGCCCGGACCGCUAAUUCUUCUGUCAGUCUAGGAAAAGAAAAUGAGCCCUGCAGGUCUCCCCCUGCAGUGAUCUGCAUCGAUGCCAUUGGCCAACACAUAGUUUUUAAACUCAGUGUGCCCGGACUCACCUCUGUCAAACUGGGGGCUUCAGUGAGUCUGUCAUCCCCCCUUUAAUCUCCUUUAUUUAUCACUUUUUCCCUUCAUCCCAUCCUGUGCCAGAAGAGGUCAUUUCAGGGCCAGGGCACGGGGUGCUAAUUUGUGGUCAGCAGCAGUUUUCUUCAUUCCUUCCUCCCACCCCUGAGCAUUCUUCAGGGGUGGGGUGGGGUGGGAGGUGGAGAGGGCCAGGGAGGCACAGGGGAUUUUAUUUUCCACCAAACUCUUCUCGGGGCAAAGAACCAAUCCUCUCCAGUUGUCAUG